AUGUAUUCAGAUAAUAACAAUACACAUUCAGAGAUUAGAAUCAGAUAACUGUUAUACUUUAAAUAACCUCCUUUAAGUAUAUUCUAUUUAUAUUGUAUUUAGCUACCUUACCUACCAAUAGAAGUGCUAUGAAACUUUAAACUCUAGAACAUAAAUUAGGGCGAACUAAUAAAAAUUUUACAGGAUAUUCAAAAAGUCAAAGUGAUACAAGACCAUUUUUCGAAAAUUUUAUGGAAAAAACAGAUUAAAUUACAACUUUUGGAUUUAAAUAUCCUUUCAAUGUUGAAGAUUUUUAAAAUACUAAUGCAUAAAUCCAUUUUUUAGAAGUCUUUACUCAUUCUUAACAAUUAAUAUAAGUAAACAUUUAACAAACAAAUUAUUAUAGAAUUAUAUUUUAGAUAGCAAACGAACUUUAACUUAAUUAAAAGAAUAGUCUAAAUAAAUUAAAGAUGAAAUGGAUUUAAUGAAAGAGAAAACGGAGAAGAAUAUUUAAAAAUUAGAAGAUCAAUUUAAUGAAGCAGUUUAAGUUAAAUAAAGAUAAUUGAAAGAAGAUUAUGUAGCCUAUUCAACAGAGUCUUAUAGAUUAAAUAAAGAAAUUAGUAAAUUAACUAAAGAUAAAUUAUAAAUGGAAGAAUAAUCUAUUCAUUUGUUGUAGAAAAUAAUUAAAUUAGAAAAAUAAAUGUAAGGAGUAGAAAUGGAAUUAAUGUGUGAAAAUGAAUAAGAAUUAUAAUCUUAAUUAAGAGGCACAUUUCAUAACACAAAAAGCAUAACACACUGA